AUGUCUAAUCGCACGUCACGCCCGAAGCCUCCUCCGCCAGGCAACGAGGAAGCCUCUGCGACGCUGAACCUGGGCGAAUUUCAGCAUGUCGACACCCUCACCCUUUCAGAAGCUGCGCUCGUCCUCAAUGCGCUGGUUGCGAAGCGCCGAAACGAUCGCAAGAACGUGAACGAGACAGAGAUGCUGAACCAAACCCUGAACUACCUGGAUCACUUUGCGCGUUUCACGCAGAAGGAGAACGUCGAGGCCGUUGAGCGCCUGCUCAGUGCGCACAAGGACCUGGCGAAGUUCGAACGUGCACAGCUUGGGUCGCUUUGCUGCGAAAACGCCGACGAAGCCAAGACGCUGAUCCCGUCCCUAGCGGACAAGAUUAAGGAUGAGGAUUUACAAGACCUGCUAGACGAAAUCUCGAAGCUCCAGAACCGAUGA